AUGAAGACCUCUCAGACUCUGGCGCUGCUUUCUAGCAUCGCCCUCGGCAGCGCAGAUUUCUUGGCUCCUGCCCGUGGGCAGACUUUGGAGAUUGAUGAGGAGUUCACCGCUCGCUGGGAAACCGACGGUCUAGUAGAACCCAUCGAUAUUAGCCUCGUCCCCGUUGGCAACGAGAACGCCGCCCAGCAGGUAGCCGCUGGCGUCGACAACUCUGGCUCGGUUGCCUUCACCCCUGAUGCUUCCCUCGGCCAGUUUGACCAGUUCGAGCUCGUCCUCACCGACUCCGACGACAACACUGUCACGUCCGAUGCCUUCAGCAUUGAUAGUGGCAACGGAGGUGCUCAGGCUGCUUCUAACAGACAGGGUGGAAAUGGCGGAAAUGGUCGUGUCUCUGCCAACUCAGCUGGAGGUCGUGGCAACCAGGGCCAACAGGCUUCCAGCGACGAUGAGGAGGAUGAUGACGGCUCCAACGCCUCCGGACGAGUCUCCGCGGCUGUCGAGCCUCCCGAGGCCGACGCCCAAACGCAGCGUGGUGCUGGCGGUAACAACCAGGCCGCAACGGGUGCUACGGGCGCCGCCAACAACGCCGCCGCUGGAAGUCCAGGAGGAGGCUUCAUCCCUCUGAGCGGCGACCAGCUCACUGUCACGCCCACGUUUGCCAAUGCCCAACAAGCCAACUUCGUCACCGACGCCGCCCAGAUUGCGACGAACGAGGGUGUAGUUCCCAACGUUGGCGUGAUCAAUAGCCAGGCAUCACAAGCCACCGCUGAUGUCAACAUUCAGACUGUUCCCGCGGUCGAGACGAGCGCCGCCGCCGUUGACGGUGCUGUUCCAGUAGCUACGCCGCCGGUUGCUGUCAUUGACCCUGCAGCCGCUGCUUCUAGCCAGACCGGCCUCGUCGUUGAUGGUGGUGUUGCUCAAACCGGCGCGCUCUCUCUCAGUCCCGUUGCCUCCGCCGCCGUUGGUGUUCCUCAGGCCGGAUUCAGCGUAAUCAACCCCGGUGCUGCAGCUACGGCUAUUGGUUCUGUCGCCUCCGUUGCCCCCAUUGCCUCUCUUGAUGCUAGCGCCAUUGCUGCGGAGCCUAGCGCCGCGGCCAGUGUUUCGGCCGAGGUCAUCGGAGGAGCCGCAGCUAUCCCUGGCGCCGCUACUGAUGUCCUUGAAGCAUCCACCGCUAUCGCCGGUGCUGUCUCUCUCGACCCCUUAGCAUCCGUCGCCGCCGACACUGCCGCCUUUUCGGCCGACUCCCUCGCCCCCAUUGCCACCCCAGGUGUUUUCCCAAGCGUCGGAGCUGGCGCUCCCGGCGCUAUUGCCGGUACCGGGUUGACCAUUAGCCCCACCAUCGUCCCCGGCGGCCAGUUCACCAACACCCUCCCUGCCGUUCCUACCGGAUCUAUCCCUACGCCCAUCAUCAACCCCAGUGGCGCCGUUGGCGGUAUCGGCACUGGCGCUGUUGGCGGUAUUGGUGCCGGUGGUGUUGGUACCGGUGCCAACUCCUUCGCGACCAACGUUCUCAACAGCGCUAGCGGCCUCGCCUUCUCUAGCAUCAACGUCGGCGCCUCCGCCACGGGCGCCAACGCCCAGGCUACUGGCGCCACCGUCGCAGCUGCCCCAGGCCUUUCUGCUCGCGGCGCUCUCGUGGGAGGCAUCGCCGUGUUGGUGGCUCUCUGGGUGAUGUAA